UCUCUCUCUAAACCCUUUCACUCUCACUGUCGCGUCUAUCUCUCUAAACCCUAAAAAUUGGUGGUGAAGGUUAUAGUGAUGAUAACAACAACGGUUUUUAUGAACCUUGCUCUCAUCCUUGGCUCUUCUUGCUGAAUAUUUUCCUGUUGAAUCCGCUGAGGAACAAUUGUCUAUUCUAGCUAGUUAGCGGAACAAAAAUUGGUGUUUUGUUUCCAACAUUCUUCUCAACACAAGUUUCUUUGCACUUGAUAAGCGAAGCUUACUUAAGGUAGAAGCUAAGAAGGAGGAUUGUGAGGAUUUGCGUGGAAGAAUUUCUCAGUAUAAUUUGCAGAUAAAGAAGACCAACUUGGGCCAGUUUUACUUCACUUGGAUUCAUUAAGGCUCCACUGCUGCAAGACCCAUUUAGUUACCAUAAGAAAGUUCAUUCCAGGAUAUGUCGGUGCGCAUAUGGUUAUAGAAGCAAUUAAACCAUUUUUCAAUGAGCCAUGGAAUAGUUGGUUAGAGAUUCCAUAUGAAAUUAGGAUUGUUAUGUGGAAACAAUUUAUGACAAAGUGUGCAUGGAGUGAUUGUCAUGAUAAUGAAGUAGACCGCAUUUUUCGGUUGAAAGUAGCUCUACGGGUUAAAGAACACUUGUAUAAGUCCCGGAAUAAAUUGGUAAAACAUGGUUGGUUGAAUGAUGAAGUGUGGUCUAAGUUCUUGAUAUUAUGGGACAUUCUUGAAUAUAAAGUGAAGAGGGAACGGGGAAAGGCAAAUCGAGCCUCUGAAAUAGGUGGCUCGCUGCACACCGGAGGUUCGAUGAGUUUUGCUACCCACCAAAGAAGACCGAAAUUCUUAAAUGGGGGAGUAGAUGUACCUCUUACUACGGUCUUCGAAGCGAUACAUAGGAAGAAAAAUCCAGACGGUACAAAAGCAGAGUGGGUCGAACCGCAUGCUAAGGAUGCAUAUAGGGAUUUCAAAAAAGUAUUGAAGAUUGGCGUCAAACUCAACCUACUUUAGAAGAUGGUACCAUGGUCCAACCAUCGCCUGCUAAUAUGACUAGAAUAUGGACAAAUGUGGUAGGUGGUCCAAAGAAGGGUACAACUUACGGGCUUGAAGAUAGUCAAUCCUUGAGUAGUUCUUCCCCAAAGUUGCCCAAUUCCGCUUCAAUUUCGCAAAAUGCGGAAGAAAUAAAAGGAAUGAGAACAAAAAUUGAAGAGUUGACGCAACACUGUGCAAAAUUUGCCAAGUUUGAGGCGUUCGUCAAAAAGCAUAUGCCGCAAGUAUUUGAGGAUGGGGAAGAUAGUGAAUCAGAUGAUUAGAUUACAUUGUAGUGGUUGGUUCUUAUUUAUGACUGUGGCAUUUAGACUUAAACUAUUACAAUUGGUGUUUGUUUUGGAUUUUGAUGUUUAGAAUUAUCUUGAAAUGCUUAUACUAUUUGAU